GUUCAAAAUCUAUCAAAUAUGGAAAGUUUAGAGUUGUUCCACAGAUAUUUCAAUCAAGAUUAAGGUUGCAAUGGUUACGGAGAGCUGCAGAUGUAAUGGUCAACGGAAUCUCCAAACAAAUUUCACCAAAUUGGGGAUGUAGCUAA